AUGGGUGAAAUCCAAACUGUCUUCCAAGCAUCGCUGCUUCUGGUUGGCCUCUUUGGUUGCACUGGCGAAGGUGCUUGCCCUGAUCCCUACUUCAGCAUAGAAGUCGAAUAUCUUGCAGAUAAAAUAACUGACUACCAUUGUAUCUACGUCAAUACGACAAAAGUAUCGCAGGAUACUAGUGCCAAAGCCUGUCAAGCUAUUGGUUCUAUGUUAUCAUCUAUUGUGACUUUUUCCUAUUUGAGCGGGCUGGAAAAAAAUCAAAAAACAAAAGUAGAGUUGAAUUUUGAACGAUUAGGCGUCGAUGAAGCAAACUAUCAAAAUGGAGGUGAAGAUUGUAUAGAGAUGAAAUAUUGUAAUUAUUGGGAUCAACAUGAUGAUGAUCACUCCCAUACAAAAAUUCGUAUCUAUACUGUCAACUGCAAAUUAAGGAUAAGGGCCUCUCUACUUUUAAAUCCGAAUUUAAUUCAAAAUAAAAAUGUAAAUAAUUUAACUUUGGGCUUAGCAGAUGUUCAGUUAGAAUGUUUCAACUGA